GUGCGUGCGAUGCGAAAGCGUCAGACAGACCACAAAUCACUCUCUCUCUCAAACCAAACCAUACCCCAAAAUCACCCGAGCAGAUCUGCCAUGAAAGAAACUUCUUCAAAGGGUAUCCACUUUGAUACACCUCCUCUUCACUUCACUUUCUCUCUCAUCUAGUAUAUACCUACCUAUAUCUAUACAUAUACAUAUACAUAUACAUUUUCAUGUAUAUAUGUGUAUGUGUGUGUGAAGUCAGAGAAACUAGAGAGAGAUUGUGAGGAGGAGGAGGGGGGCAGGGGGGAAAGGAGAUGAUGAUGAUGAUGAUGUUCGAAUUGAGAUGCGGAAGUUGUUAUCCCAAGACCUUUGUUGGUGUUAAUGCCGCUCUUGCUUGUAUCGAUGCCUCAAUUGCUGUUCUCGCCUUCUAUCAGUUGAUGCGGAUCCAUGCAAGGAAUUCACAUCUUGGCUGGACUCGCCAGAAAGUAUUUCACCUAAUUAUUGGCUCUUCUAAUGUGGGUUACUUUUUUUAUUUUGUGUUAACUCUUGUUGCUGCUUGCAAGGGUUGGCUUUGCUGGUCGCACUCUUGUGGCUUUAUUGUCAUGGCGUUCCCCAAAAUUUUGUUUCUUGCAGCAUUUCUUCUACUUCUAUCAUACUGGGUUGACCUUUGCCAUCAGACAAAUGACGAAGAUGAUGAGGAUGAGGAGUGUAGUCCUCGAGAAGCAUUGUUGGAGAGAACAUCAAAUAAACCACAUUCAAAUGCUGAUAGUCACAGAAGAUGUUGCCCUUUCCGUAUUGUCCAUGUUGGAAGCCGCCAGAAAAUUGUGAUUUUGGUUACUGCAUUAAUUUUUGUUUUAAUGAUAGCAUCCACUAUCCUUAUUUGGAUUGGGAUGGGAAGGAAUCCUAUUGACUCAGAAGUGGUGGCCCGGUUAUAUUCCAACAUAUGUGAAGUUGGAGAAACCUCAGUCGUACAUCCAAAACUAAAAGGACUCGUAUUAUUCUUGAAAAUGAGGAAAGUAAGAUCUGAAAGAGCUUCUUCUGAAAUGCGGAAGGUUGCAGGCUUGGCAAUUGUGUCUGUUCUAUGUUUUACUUCAAGUGCUUUGGUUGCUCUUUUUACUGAUAUACCCAUGCUUUAUGACUGGAAUCAUGAGCAUGUUGACGGUGUCUAUACCUCUCUUCUGCUGAUUUUGUAUUACUUCAUAGGUUCAUCUAUACCUUCAGCCAUUGUAUUAUGGGUUAUGAGGGAAUUACCACCUGCAAUUGCGGUUAAUAUAGUAGAAGAAUCGAGGACAAUAGCUUUCAUCCAUGAUAGUUCAGUAUCCAUACAUCCUCAGACCUGGGCUGCUGCCGCAAGCUCGCAGAAUCAGGUAUCAAGAGCAAGCCCUAUAUAACGACAACUUGUGCAUGGAUUGUUUUUAUGCAAAUUAGCGGAGCUUGUGGUGGUCUUUCACAAAAAGGAAAAUUGUCAGAGAUGAGUUGGAUUGUUGCAGUCGGUUGAGGUCAAAGAAGAUGAAUGACAUCCUUUGACACGGCAUUGGGGGUGCAGCUGUAAGGCUGCCGCGGCCAUGAUUUUGCCAUUUUGUAUAUAGCAAUGGAACACAAGCAUCUUUUUCUUUUUUUUUCUUUUUUCAAAUGUUUUUGGAGAUUUUCUUUUUCCGCAUCUAAUGGCCAUGAGAUGUUUUCCUUAUAUAGUAUUGUUUUAAUUUUAAUUUUAAUUUUAAUCUGAAUUUAUUGAUGCUGAUUAAAUGUGCA